UUGUGGAUGUUAUUACUACCCUCUUUCAGCUCUUCGCUUUUGACUCUUCUGAAUCCUUUUGUUCUCUUCACCGGAGCCACUGAUUAUGAUGUCCUGAAAAUUCCUCACUCCUAUUCAAUCCAUCACCAUGGAAAACGCCACCCUCCACCGCGCAAUCGGCGUCACCGACUUCCCCUUACUCACUCACUUCAAAGGACCAUGGCCACUCUAUUCACUCAAUCCUAUUUUUCAUCCGACUUCUCUUCCUUCACAUUUCCUGUUCUCUCCUCUCAAAUUCCCUAAUCUCCAGAACCAGCCUGUUCGUUGUGUCGGUGAGGUCAAUCAUCACCAAGAUCGUGAUCAUCACCACCACGACCAUCGGCAUCACCAUCACCACCAUCACUACCCUCACCAUCGUCAUGGAGAGGGUAAGGAGCUCAGUAUGCCUCAGAAGGCUUUUAUUAGGUUUGCAAAAGCUGUGGGGUGGAUGGACCUGGCUAACUUGUUGAGGGAGCACUUGCAGCUCUGUUGCUGCUCCGCGGCCUUGUUUGUUGCAGCUGCUGCUUGUCCUUAUGUGAUGCCCAAGCCAAUAGUCAAGCCUCUUCAAAAUGCUUUCAUGAUUAUCGCCUUCCCUCUUGUUGGGGUUUCAGCAUCCCUUGAUGCUCUUACUGAUAUUAUUGGGGGGAAAGUAAAUAUUCACGUGUUGAUGGCUCUUGCAGCCUUCGCAUCAUUGUUUAUGGGCAAUACCUUGGAAGGAGGAUUACUUCUUGCAAUGUUCAAUCUGGCUCAUAUUGCUGAAGAGAUUUUCACCAGCCGCUCCAUGGUGGAUGUUAAGGAGUUGAAGGAAAAUCAUCCAGAUUACGCUCUCGUGUUAGAUGUGAAUGAUGACAAACUACCGGAUCUCUGUGAUUUGUCAUACAAAAGUGUCCCUGUGCAUGAUGUAAAAGUGGGCUCAUUUAUUUUGGUUGGAGCUGGUGAGGUGGUGCCUGUAGAUUGUGAAGUUUUUCAAGGUAGUGCAACAAUUACUAUUGAGCAUUUGACUGGAGAAAUUAAACCAAUAGAGGCAAAAGUUGGAGACAGGAUUCCUGGUGGUGCAAGGAAUUUGGACGGUAGAAUGAUUGUAAAGGCCACAAAGAUGUGGAAAGAGUCAACACUGAACAGGAUAGUACAAUUGACUGAAGAAGCACAACUAAAUAAACCAAAGCUUCAAAGAUGGCUGGAUGAAUUUGGUGAGCAUUAUAGCAAAGUGGUUGUAGGGUUGUCCAUUGCUGUUGCUCUGCUUGGGCCACUUCUUUUCAAGUGGCCAUUCUUUAGCACAUCAGUCUGCAGAGGAUCAGUGUACAGAGCACUAGGGCUGAUGGUGGCAGCAUCACCAUGUGCCUUGGCUGUAGCUCCAUUGGCGUAUGCCACUGCUAUUAGUUCCUGUGCUAGAAAGGGAAUAUUGCUUAAAGGAGGCCAAGUUUUAGAUGCUCUAGCUUCCUGCCACACAGUGGCGUUUGACAAAACUGGGACAUUGACAACCGGAGGGCUUAUGUUUAAAGCAAUUGAACCAAUUUAUGGACAUGUGGUAAGAAACGAGGAUAUGAAUUUCACUUCCUGUUGCACUCCCAGCUGUGAGAAAGAAGCUCUUGCUGUAGCAGCUGCUAUGGAAAAGGGUACUACUCACCCUAUUGGAAGAGCUGUUGUAGAUCACAGUGUAGGCAAAGACCUACCUUCCGUUUCUGUAGAAAGUUUUGAAUACUUUCCUGGUAGAGGUCUUACAGCAACUCUUAGUAACAUGGAGACAGGAGCUGGUAGAGUUAAGUUGUUGAAGGCAUCUCUUGGUUCUGUAGAGUUUAUCGCUUCACUAUGUAAAUCUGAACAUGAAUCAAGAAAGAUCAAGGAAGCUGUUAAGGCAUCUUCUUUUGGAAAUGACUUUGUUCAUGCUGCCCUUUCUGUAGAUGAAAAGGUAACGUUGAUUCAUCUUGAAGAUAAACCUCGAGCUGGGGUUUCAGAUGUCAUAGCAGAAUUACAGGAUAAAGCGAGGCUCCGUGUUAUGAUGCUCACUGGUGAUCAUGAAUCGAGUGCUCGAAGAGUUGCAAAAGCUGUGGGCAUCACUGAAGUUCAUUACAGCCUGAAGCCUGAGAACAAGCUCAAUCAUGUAAAGAGCAUCUCAAGGGAUAUGGGGGGAGGUCUGAUUAUGGUUGGGGAAGGUAUCAAUGAUGCACCAGCACUUGCUGCUGCAACUGUAGGUAUUGUUCUUGCUCAACGUGCAAGUGCAACUGCCAUAGCAGUAGCAGAUGUCCUAUUGUUGCGGGACAAUAUAUCUGGUGUUCCAUUCUGUGUUGCGAAGUCUCGCCAAACAACUUCCCUGGUCAAGCAAAAUGUGGCUCUUGCUUUAACUUGUAUAGCUCUGGCCUCUCUUCCAUCUGUUUUGGGAUUUCUUCCCCUGUGGUUGACGGUUCUAUUACAUGAAGGUGGUACUCUUCUCGUUUGCCUGAAUUCUAUACGUGCUCUGAAUGAACCCAAAUGGUCCUGGGGGGACGACGUGUGGCAUUGGGUAAAAGAAUUCAAAUCUAGACGGACACCAUUGAAGUCAGACAACACAAGCUCAAGCAAAAUGCAGGCUGCACCUUUGUAAGCCUCGCUCUUGUAUUUUCUUGGUAGUUUUCCUUCUCAG